AUGGACACAGUGAAAUUGGCUGCCCGGAAGAGUCGCUACUCAUUAGGAUCUUCAAUUCAAUUGAUGUCUCCUCUCCAACACCUUAAAACCACAUCCUGUAAAUCGAACCCUCCAACUGAAACCCCGACUACUAUCGCAGGAGUGCCAAGGAAAAGCAAGUUUAUUUCUCAUGACUUGGCAAUCAACUUAAUAAGACGAGAAAAUAAUCCAGAACGUGCCCUAGAAACUUUUAACAAGGUGUUGCACCAGAGGGGUUUUAAUCAUAAUAACUCCACCUAUGCUAUCAUUCUCCACAAGCUUGCUCAAUGCAAGAAAUAUCAGUCCCUUGACACAGUUCUUCAUCAGAUGACCUACGAAACGUGCAAAUUCCAAGAAGGCAUAUUUCUUAAUCUUAUGAAGCAUUUCUCGAAAUCAUCUCUACACGAAAGGGUGCUUGAAAUGUUCUACGCAAUUCAGCCUAUUGUACGUGAGAAGCCAUCUCUCAAAGCAGUCAGCACGUGUCUUAAUCUUCUGGUUGAUGCAAGUCAAAUUGAUUUGGCCAGGACUUUGCUAUUAACGGCCCGGAAAGACUUUCAUCUGGAACCCAAUACAUGCAUCUUUAACAUUUUGGUUAAACACCACUGCAAAAAGGGAGAUCUAGCGUCUGCAUUUGAAGUGUUAAAAGAGAUGGAAAAGUCAAAGGUAUCUUUUCCUAACUUGAUCACCUAUUCAACUCUGAUGGAUGGUCUUUGUGGAAGCGGCAGACUAGAAGAAGCAAUCGAUCUGUUUGAGGAAAUGCUCACAAAACAUCAAAUAGUACCUGAUGCCUUAACUUACAGUGUUUUAAUCAAUGGGUUUUCUCGUGGAGGAAAAACUGACAGAGCUAGGAAGAUAAUGGAGUUCAUGAAGAAAAAUGGAUGCAACCCUAACGUUAUCAAUUACUCAGUGUUAAUGAAUGGGUUCUGUAAGGAGGGAAGACUGGAGGAAGCCAAGGAAACUUUCAAUGAGAUGAAAAGUGCUGGUCUGAAACCCGAUACUGUUAUUUUUACCACUUUAAUUAACUUCUUGUGUAGGGCCGCUAGAACUGAUGAAGCCAUUGUUCUGCUCAAGGAGAUGAAAGAAAACGAGUGCAAAGCAGAUGAGGUGACGUUUAAUGUAAUACUCGGGGGAUUGUGCAGAGAAUGCAGAUUUGAUGAGGCACUCAACAUGCUCGAGAGGUUACCAUGUGAUGGUGUUUAUCUUAACAAGGCUAGUUACAGAAUUGUGUUAAAUUUCUUGUGCAAAGAAGGUGAACUGGAGAAGGCGAAUAAUUUGUUGCGUCUGAUGCUGGAGAGGGGUUUUCUGCCCCAUUUCGCCACAUCAAAUGAAUUACUGGUUUGUCUUUGUGAGGCCGGAAAGGCAAAUGAAGCUGCUGUAACGUCGUUCCUUUUGAUAGAUAUGGGGUUUAAACCAGAGCCAAAUACAUGGAGUCUACUAAUUGACGUAGUUUGCAGGGAGAGAAAGCUAUUGCCUGCAUUUAAACUUCUUGAUGAGCUAAUUCUGAAGGACUUCUAA